UAGAAGCAGCAGCCAUGGCGUUAGUUCCUGUUCUUCUCCUUGCUCUUUUCUUUUCUCUGUCUGUGAUUGGGAAUGCUCAGCCAAAGGUUCCGGCGAUCUAUGUGUUCGGUGACUCCACGGCGGACGUCGGAAACAACAACUACCUGCCGGGUGCAGGCAAGGUCAACUUUCUUCCUUACGGCAUCGACUUCCCGGACUCGAUUCCCACCGGCCGGUGGACCAAUGGCUACAACUUCGUCGAUUUCUUCGCCCGUCAGAUGGGCUUCCAAAUGAGUCCGCCACCAUAUCUUUCCCUCCCAAACAACACCAGCCAAGUUGGAGUAAACUACGCUUCUGGAGGAUCUGGAAUUCUUGACUCCACUGGAAACCAUACCCUCACUAUGACAAAACAGAUCAAAUAUUUUGCCGCAACUAACAAAUCAAAUAUUGUACUCUCGAAAUGUAUCUUCCUCAUCAGUGCCGGGGCUAACGACAUCAUUGCCCUUCUUGCAAAGAACACGGCAUCAAGCAUCACACAACCUGAACAAUUCUACAACAAUCUCAUCUCCAACUACACAAAGCAAAUCGAGGCAUUGUACAACUUGGGAGCAAGGAAGUUUGGGAUAGUCGACGUUGGACCCAUCGGUUGCACCCCAGGCGCAAGACUAUUAUUUAACCAUUCCGGAGCCUGUUUCGACGCCGUGAAUGUUUUGGUCCGUGUUGUUAAUGAUGAUGUCAAAGUUAUGUUAAGCAAUCUUAGCUCCACAUUGAAGGGGAUGAAGUACUCGCUCGGCAGUGCUUAUGCAGCGGUGUCAAAUAUGAUAGCUAAUCCAGAAGCAGCUGGUUUUAAAGAUGUCACAAGUGGAUGCUGUGGAGGUAGUUCGGUUGAGUGCACUCCGACCACUAUCUACUGUAAGAACCGCACUGAAUACCUAUUUUGGGACGCUAUACAUCCUACCCAGAGGGCAUACGAGGAGGCAGUCCUAGACAUCUACAGUGGAUCACCGCCGUUUGUCACCCCUAUUAACUUCAAGCAGUUGGUGGAGGAUGCAUGAUAUAUAGUUAGAAAAGAAGUUGCUGCAUUAUUCAAUAAGGCACGUAGCCAUUAAUGUUGGGGAACUAUAAUUGCAAUGCGCAUGAGAGUCUAGCUAGUUGCCAUCAGGGGUGAUGGUGUCUUUAGAAAUAAAUAACAUGGGUUUGGGUUUGACUACUGUACUACAGAAAUUCUUACUCAUGAAUUAUAAUAAUAUAUUGUCCAC